AUGACACAUAUUGUUUGUUGAUUUUCUUGUUCAUGUUGUGGUUGGAUGUGAUUAUAAAAUCCUUAUGGUAGAAAAUCUGUUGUAUUUAGUUGAUUUUCUAGAGUAAUAAAUAGUGAAAUAAGAGAAAGGCGAUAUGGGAUUUCUUACAAUUCUAAAAAAGUUGCGACAGAAGGAGAAAGAAAUGCGAAUACUCAUGUUAGGACUGGAUAAUGCCGGCAAGACAACAAUUCUGAAGCGCUUUAACGGAGAGCCAAUAGACACCAUUUCUCCAACUUUAGGUUUUAACAUAAAAACUUUAGAACACCGGGGUUUCAAACUAAAUAUUUGGGAUGUGGGAGGACAGAAGUCUUUACGAUCAUACUGGAAGAACUACUUUGAGAGCACAGACGGAGUGGCGUGGGUUGUGGACAGCGCGGACGGACGACGCCUGGCGGACUGCGCGCGGGAGCUGCGCUCGCUGCUGCGCGAGGAGCGGCUGGCGGGCGCCACGCUGCUGGUGCUAGCCAACAAGGCCGACCUGCCAGGGGCACUCACACUGCAGGAGAUCAAAGAGGCUUUGGAUCUGGACAGCAUCAAGACACAUCACUGGAGAAUUGUUCGAUGUUCUGCAGUCACUGGAGAGAAUCUGCUAGAGGGCAUGGACUGGAUGUUGGAUGAUAUUGCUUCUCGAAUUUUUUCCUUGGAUUGAAAACUCUCAUAAGAAAUUAAUAGUCCCGAUUAAAUAUACUCCCAAAAAUAUCAGCAAUGUCUACUACCAAACCAUUUCAGUUUGGUAGUAGACAUUGAAGAUUUUUGAGUAAUGCUUUUAACAAUUAUAAAAUUAUUGUCAGUCUUGAGGUGAAAAAGCCCUCCACCAUGCUGACUCCAGGCUAAGGUCAAAUGUAGCUUCUUAAUGGCUUCUGCAGCCUGAGUUGUUGCUUCUAAACCAUAAGUCAAGAUGGACAACAUUUUAGAUCUUGGAUGAAGAAUGGCUGUUAUGUUAGUGAAUUAUAAUAUUUUUCAUUUUUAUGAAUGCUUUUCUUACCUACCUUUCAUGAAAAUAAUGAAUGUAACUUAUAAAAUGUACUAAAUUAUACUCUCAAUGAGAACAAAACUUGUUCUAUCAUCUAAUUAUUGCAUAAAAACUUACGCAAAUAAAACUGUGAUGUAUUUUGAUUAAAAUAUAUUCUUUUUAUACUGAAACUGAA